CGGUUAAGUUUUGAGCAGAAUUUAGUUUGCGACGAAUGCUCAAUGCGACACAACGCGUCUUGAAGUCAUAGCCCAUUACGGCCACCGACGAAGUUGUUUAACUAAAAAGUAACGUCAUCAUCGCCAUCGCCGCUGUCAUCAUCAGCGGCAUUAACAUCAUUGGCGCUGUCGCUGAGGAGCUGAUAUUUUUGUUUUCUUUUGGGUGAUUAUGAUGACAAGGAGUGUUGGUGUGUUAUUGUUGUAAUAGAAUUCAAAUAAUUAAUAAAACCGAAUACACACAGUCAUAUAACGCAGAACACAUUCGUCGUGCUGUCAGCUAUUUUAAAAUAUUAAAAUAACGAAUAUUUGUAUUUCAAAAUAAAUUAUUUGCAACACGAGGCAUUUGGAUUCGAUGUCGUUGGAAUUAGUUGUGUUUUGAGUUCGUUAACGCUUAGAACGGUGCAACCGCAAGGCAACAAAGAUGAGAACACAAGUUCUAAUAUUUUGUGUGGCAAUAUUGCUGCUAAUCUGUAUUCUCUAGAAUACAGAAGAUAUAGAGUUUUCUGAAAUGGCAUUUAGCUAUAAUAAAUUUAAAAUCCGUGCAAAAUUAAUCAAAAUGUAGUAACACCUCAUGGUGUUGUUAAACCAGAAUAAAAAGUGCAAUUAUUUACAACAUACCCUCCGGAAAACUCGUGAAAAUCAACUCGCACGACUUCCCCUAUCCCCUUAACAACAUUAAAAUCCUUUAGACAACAUGAAGACCGUUAGAAAAAGAAGAUUCCGUCGUUCAGGAUUUCAAAUGCUCACCAAAGAAGCUCAGCAGAGUCUACAACAAUACGAAUACAUAGUAAUAUGCCUUAUGAUAUUGGUCGCUGGAAUUUCAAUAAUAUGGAGCAUUUCGAUACACAUAAUAUCGGCAGAUUUCUAUAAUGGUUUUAUAGGUGCCAAAUUAGCAUUUCGUGAAAGAGAUUUCACCCAAAUGGACAACAGUGAAAAAGAUCUCUUCUAUCACGACUUGGGUAGAAUCAUCAAUGAGACAUAUACCGAAGCGGCCUUAGACGAUAUUAAACCAGAUGCCUUAGUAAUGCCUAAACUGGAAGAUGCAGAUAAAUCAGUUGCCAAUACAAAACCCAAAGUUCGGAAAAUUGCCCAUGUCUUUCAGACGAGCAAUUCCAGAGUACCUGAUACCCCAUCAAUAGCCACAGAUGAUGAUGUGAAUGGCGAAGAAUCCAACGCACCCAACAAAGUGCCAAAAGUUGUAUUUAAUAUGGAAAAGGAUCGUAGAUAUUUAGCGCACAUGACAAUUGAUAUCCAUCAGACGCGUUGGCCUCAAAAUAUUGCCGUGCAAUAUAUUUAUGGAUUCCCAUUUCUCUCGGAAAUUGUGGCCAUAGUAUGGACAGCUAUGUGUUUAAUAUUUCAAUCGGGUGUCAAAAAACAAUGGGGACUUCCGAAACCUUGGCGAAUUGUGGUACCCUCAAUAAUUAUGUUCAGCAUUAUGACUGUAGCAAAUCUAAGCUAUUUGAUAUUAGCUAAUGGCUUUAUUAAGACUUUUUGCAAUGACUUAAGAGAAAAUCUCAGUAAACCAGAUGCUAUAAGUUGUGGAGAUGCCAUGUCCGUUUUGAGACCUCUAAUUCGACCACAUGACUUAUCACAUCAAGUGUACUUAAUGCUAUUCAAAGGUUCAUAUAUCGUGGCCAUGGUCCUCUGGAUAAUAGCGCUUCUGAUUAUGUUACUACGCUUCAUCUUGGCCAUCGAUUUUCAAAUGGUCGAUAUAGAGACGAGCUAUGAUCGUGAAAUGCGCGUGGGUAAUCUUCGAGAAAGGGACUUUGUGGAAGUUCUGUUGAGUUCGCCGCAACAUCUGAAAACACCGCAAUUAGGAUCGAAAGACGAACGCCAUCGUUCUGAAGAUGAUUUCCAGAGUGCAAAAUCACAUAUAAGUGAAGCAGCGACACCUUUACUGGAUAACUUGGCAACAACUGUGCCCAUGACCAUGGGCGAAAGAAGAACUUAAUCACUUUUGUGUUUUCUUUUCAUUUGCGAUAUUAAAACUGUUGCAUUAUUUCAGUAAAUUUCGUGUACACUCAAUCUCAUAGAAUACACACUGCGAUAUAUAACAAUUUUUGUAUGAAAUCUCAGGUAUUCAUGUUUCGACAUUACGAUUAUCCAUUAAUAGUUGUGUUUAAUUCCAGUUAUCCAUAAACACAUGGUAUUUAAAAUUGACACACCUUGUCAACAAAUUCCAAUAAUAUGUUCCAUAAAGUGCCUCGAAAACAAUUUUCUUUGUUUCUAUAGAUAACAAUAUUUGAUUUUAGUUAAUUAAUUAACACAAAGAAAAAACAAUAAAAUGUAUUUAUAAUUUUUAAUUUUAGAUUUAUUACAUUUCCUUUAGAAUGUAUGAAAUUGUGCAACAUAUGUAUGUCUAUGUGUAUAUGCAUCUUCUCCUUUCUUUCCUUUUUUAUAUAUGAAUGUACGUAUGUUUAACAACACUGUGUGACAUUAAUAAGAAUAAUAUUUUUACCAAAACAAAA